GGACGUGGCGGGACGCGUCAAUAUGGCCGCCAGUGGCUGGCAUGUGUGUUUACUCGCUAAUUAGUUUCGUAAUUUUUAGAGACGUAUUAGUGUGAAUUAAACUCUGUGACAAGAUGAAUAUGUCAGUGGAGAAGAAGAAGUACCCGUCGGCGUUGCCAACAAAUUGGCCGACGAGGGAAGAGUCCGCUAGGAAAAGUCAAAACCAAUUGUCAACCACAGGAAAGGUUGACGUUUAUUAUUACAGUCGAGGAGUAAGGAAUGAUGCAUCGCUGGUACCACCAAUAAGGCAGACUGCAUCUAUUUUCAAACAACCUGUGACCAUUUACAAGACUCAAGAAGGAAAGGUGAAAGACAUUAAGCAUGGAAAUCAAGAAAAACCAAAACAGGAAGGAGCCGAUAAAACUGAUGGCAAAUAUGGCUCCCAAGAUAAGCCUAAACAGUUAUUUUGGGAAAAACGUUUGGAAGGUUUAAGGGCAUGCGACCCUGACGGUUUUGAAUUCGAUGCAAUGGAUUUACCGAAAAGUUUAAAACCUGUGGGACCAUACAUUACCGAGGAAACUUUGCUGCAAAGCGUUGCUACAGCGCUACACGUUUCGUCUCAGCCUGUCACGGGACAAACGGGGUCAAAGACAGCUCUAGAGAAGAAUCCCGGGGUAUUUCUUAAUCCCGAUCAACCCCUCGUACAGGCCGUUUCAAUAGCUGACGAGGACAUCAAGAGACAAGAGGACCGAGUCGCCCUGGCUAGGAAAAAGCUGCAAGACGCGCUACGAGGGGUCCCUACAUAAAUUGUACAAUUUCUUUUAGAUACAUUUUCAUUCGCUCAUCCCUAGUCUUAAGUUCGCUAUACAUUAAAUCAUGCCAGUUUUUAUGAAUAAAUGUUUUUUAAAGGAAUAAAAGACCAUCACGCAACACGAA